CAAUGAGUCAACGAGUACGAAACUGUUACCUCGAUCACUGUUCCGAAAGUGUUCGAAGGUGAAUCGUUGUCGGGUUUGAACAGCUAGGCUUGGACGACACAACCGUACGAAAGAAGCUUGUGCGCACACUGCGAAUGUUUCUGCUGACACGAUGUCUCGACGGAGGCUUGUCGAGAUCCCCUUUCUAGUGUGUGGCGAGGCGGCGGCAAAACGGACCAUUGGGUCGGCGCGAUCGAUCGCGUUCGAUCCCUGUUUCCGUUUCUUCCGCCGAACCACGGAACGGGUUGGCGUGAACCGGAAUGGGAACACGAUUGGGACUGCAAUCGGUUCGGCGGCGCGCUUUUCCACCGGGAGCGGGGGAUCCUCGUACUCGGCCAGCGGACCCAGCCAGCAGCUGAAAUCCUGGGAGAGUGGCGCGAGGAUGGUCCAGAACACCACGGUCGAGAACAAAUACCUGGAACACAUCCGGGAGGUCCACGACCCGUCGCAGCACAUCAAAACGAUCGAGGACGAGCUCAAGGGAAGCAUCGGAAAGGCCCUGGGCAAGCAGGGCCAGAAGGUGCUGAUGUACGCCCGCCUCAUGGAGGAGGAACGACAGCGGUACCAGGACCUGCUGCUGGAACUCCGGGGGCAAGCCCGAGAAGCAGAACCACACACGCCAUCGCCGGCGGUCGAACGGACCGACGACGUCGAUCGCCAUCCGGAACUCUCGAAGAUCGCGAUUUCCCACAACGAGUACCGCGAGCAGUGCCUCCACGCCCGGUGGGAGCUCAUCGUUCACCGCCAGGCGGUUGGAUUCAUCGUCGGGAACCACAAGUACGUCACGGACAAGUUUCCCGUGGGGGACGCGCUCCCGGUACCAUCCGAAGACGGAGAGGACGAGCGAGCAACCGCCGCUGCCAGCGCAGAAAAGAGCAAGAAGAAAAAGGUGUUUACGGACCAGCUGGACUGGUGGCAGCGGAUAGGGAGAUAGAAGUAGUGUUGCACAAUUAUUCUAUUGCUAUUCGGCAUGGUACUUCCAAUGU